AAGGUACCGAUUUGUGAACAUCAUCGUUAUAGGCCAAAAAACGCUCGUAAGCCGUUCGUUCAUUCAUGGUAUAACUUUUUAUCGCCACAACAAGGAGUAUUCACCUGUAGACAAGGGUCCAAAAGAACCGAGUCACAUGUAAGCAUGAUAGCGCUCUUUGUAACGCUCUCAGCCAUCCGAGAGAUAAGUCUCUGUGGGCUUUCGAUUCCAAUUCCGAUUCCCGAUGGUUAGAGCAGAGACCAUAGCAGUCAGUUGACGGGCUCUCUCCACGGCGCACGCAUGAUCGCCGGAGCGGAUUUGCGGAGCAGCAGAUGAUCGAUCGUGCGUUUCAUUUUCAAACUGUCUUUAACCGCGAAUUUCGAAUAUCUCGAGUGGAGUGCGUGCAUAUAAAUUAUUGAUUAAAACAAAAACUAUCUUUUGUGAAUUGAAAAAAAAAACGUUUCAAGGAUCUUCCUAAAGAUCCUGACUUGUGCUAAAAUGCAAACUGAAAUGCAUAGUCCUAUGCAAUAUGAGAAUAACAUCUCCGACAUCCCCAACCAUAAGAUAUACUCCCGCCUACCAGAGGAGGCUGAGAUGAACAACACUUCGGAAAGUUGUUCUAUCUCGUCGAAUUGUGGCGGUCGGUUUGGAUCGGUGCACUCGACCUUAGAUGAUCACGAUGCCACGGAUGACGACAUGACAUUCUGUAUGUCAAACUAUGCCAAGGAGGCAUUGAAGAUGAUGUACAUGAUGAGAUCGCAUGGCAUGCUGACGGACGUGGUACUUGAAGUAAAGAAGGAACUUUUUCCCGCCCACAAGGUGGUCCUGUCCGCGGCUUCGCCAUAUUUCAAGGCCAUGUUUACGGGCGGACUGAAGGAGUCGGAGAUGUCGCGCGUUCAGCUCCAGGGGGUCUGUCCAACGGCUAUGUCCCGCAUCCUUUACUUCAUGUACACAGGCCAAAUUCGAGUGACUGAGGUGACGGUGUGCCAACUCCUGCCAGCGGCUACCAUGUUCCAAGUGCCAAACGUAAUCGACGCCUGCUGUGCCUUUCUUGAGCGCCAAUUGGACCCCACAAAUGCCAUUGGCAUAGCCCACUUUGCGGAGCAACACGGCUGUGUCGAGUUGCAGAAGAAAGCCAAUGUUUUUAUAGAGCGGAAUUUCACACAGGUGUGCCAAGAGGAGGAGUUCCUCCAGCUUUCGGCUUACCAGUUGAUAGCCUUAAUCCGAAGGGACGAACUGAAUGUACAGGAGGAGCGAGAGGUCUACAACGCUGUGCUCAAAUGGGUGAAGUACGACGAAGACAAUCGACACUGCAAAAUGGAGCACAUAUUGGGCGCUGUGCGUUGUCAGUUCCUCACACCUAAUUUCCUUAAGGAGCAGAUGAAAAACUGCGACGUUCUGCGAAAGGUUCCUGCUUGUCGCGAGUAUUUGGCCAAGAUCUUCAAGGACUUAACUCUCCACAAAUGCCCGGGUGUGAAGGAACGAACACCUAACACCACUCGCAUGAUAUUUGUGGCCGGUGGCUUCUUCCGACACUCGUUGGACAUUCUGGAGGCUUACAAUGUGGACGACAAGACGUGGACGACCCUGUCUAAUCUGCGUAUUCCAAGAUCCGGCCUGGGUGCCGCAUUUCUCAAGGGCAAGUUCUAUGCGGUUGGAGGAAGAAAUAACAACAUUGGUUCUUCCUACGAUUCGGAUUGGGUUGAUCGGUAUAGUGCGGUUAGCGAGACGUGGCGACCCUGUUCCCCGAUGUCCGUGCCGCGCCAUCGUGUGGGAGUGGCCGUAAUGGACGAGUUAAUGUACGCAGUAGGAGGAUCCGCCGGGACGGAGUACCACAACACAGUGGAAUACUAUGACCCGGAACUCGAUCGCUGGACUCUCGUACAACCGAUGCAGGCCAAGCGUUUGGGUGUGGGUGUGGUGGUGGUAAAUCGUCUGCUCUAUGCCAUUGGUGGAUUCGAUGGAAAUGAGCGAUUGAGCAGUGUUGAAUGCUACCAUCCGGAGAACAACGAAUGGAGUUUUCUGCCACGCUUACAAACGGGUCGGAGUGGAGCGGGUGUGGCUGCAAUAAACCAGUAUAUCUACGUGGUGGGCGGUUUUGAUGGUACCCGGCAACUAGCCACCGUGGAGCGUUAUGAUACCGAAAACGAUACUUGGGACAUGGUGGCGCCAAUCCAAAUCGCUCGUAGUGCUCUCUCGUUGACACCGCUGGACGGUAAACUGUACGCAAUUGGUGGAUUUGAUGGCAAUAACUUCCUGUCGAUCGUUGAGGUCUACGAUCCAAGAACGAACACCUGGACCAAGGGAACGCCUUUGAAAUCAGGAAGAUCUGGUCAUGCGUCGGCCGUUAUUUAUCAGCCCGCAUGUUCCCCUACGUUUAUGGACUACGAAGAUAGCGAUGCACCUCAGACGGAUGGAAAUAACGGCGAGGGAAGGCACGGGAAUCUAUCACAAAAUCCAUGCGGUACGGGAAGUCCACAAUAUCCUGGAACGGCGUCCAAUAUGCAAUUCCAUACUUCAUACGGAAUGAACGGGUGCAAUAAUUGUGACUCUGAAAUAGAUGUGAAGCCAGAAAUUCCUAUAGAACGACAUUCUUUUCAAAUUCCCGCCAUCAGAUCCGAGGAGCUAACCAAUCCUAGCUGCCCGUGGGCGAAAAUGCAGGAACAAUUUCGAAGAACGCCGCCAUUGUCUUUUCAGCAGGAAGAGCCAGGCCCAUUAGAUACGCGACAUAAAUUCGACAAAGCGCGAAGAUCAUGUAUACUUAGCACAGCAGGGAAAGUAUUUUACAAUCACAUCGAAGGUCGUCUGCGAAAACUGACCACUGCAUCAACAUGACAAUACGAAUCCGAGCCUCAUACUUAGCCACAACCAAAAACAUCAUUCAUUGUACAAAGCCUGAUCGUUUUUCCCUAAAAUUCCAUGUUGAGAAGCAGCAUUCCAUUAAAAUAUUGCUAGUGUGUUCGCUAGGUAAUAUAUAUAUUCAAACUGAUUUUAUGGCAUCCAUAACAUUAACUGGCGCUCGUCAGCCCAUUUUAUAAAGAUUGAUUAGGGUAAAUAGUUGAUUAGUGGAAGGAAA